AUGGCAGAAAGUACGUGCUUCAAGACUUUAGAAGAUCAUCUCAGGAAGCAGGAACUCAAGUUGCAGGAAAUUGUGGAGGAUAUGAAGAACAUGCAGCUGCAAGUUAAGGAGGAAAUGGAAGGCAGGGACAAGAGACUGGAUACGAUCACUCUGGGAAUGGAACAAAAGUUUGAGGCUCUCCACUCGAUGAUGAUGUCACUACUGACCAAGGAGAAGGUCUCAGAAGAAGAAGGCAGAGUUGUGAGGGAACGUGCUCCAUUACUUCCCACACCUCCCAGUCAUCAGAGGUUAGGCUUGGGAGUAGAUGGGGAAACAAAAAGUGGCGAGUUCCUGGGUAAGAUUCCUGGCUAUAAUCCUCCCAAACUUGAGUUACAUUUGUUUAGUGGUGAGAACCCCAGGGAAUGGAUCAGAAAAUGCAACAAAUAUUUCUUACUGAAUAAAGUGCCUGAUGAACAUAAAUUGCUGUUGAGGUUCAAAGGAACAUGUUGUAGAGAUAUUGUGGAGGAAUUUAAUAAACUACAACAGGUAGGUACCGUAGAGGUUUAUCAGGAGAAGUUUGAGGAACUAAAGACGUUGAUGCUGAUUCAGAAUCCAAGCUUUAGUGAGGAGUACUUCAUUUCCAGUUUCACGAGUGGUCUCAAGGAAGAACUUAAGCCUAUGGUGAAAAUGCUCAAGCCCAACACUCUUUCUGGAGUCAUGGAGGUGGCUUACUUACAGGAACAGGCUCUCAGGUUACAAAGGAGGACUGUCAAGGAUGGCAAUAGAGUGGUGGCUGAACCCAAAUUUGGGAUGUACAGGCAUCCCACGUCUGCCAAUGGAGGAGUCAGUGCAUACAAGCUACCUCAGAACAGCAUCCCAAAGUGUGGGGAGAAGUUUGGGGUUGGUCAUCAAUGCAGGCAGAAACACUUGAACCUUAUGAUGUAUGAAGAGGAGGAGGAGGAUACUGAGUUCCAGGAUGCACAUGGGGAACAAGAUGAACUGACUGGAAACCCAGGCGAGCCAGUUGAAAUUUCACUAAAUGCCCUAUCAGAUUCCCUUAGGAGAAAUACUAUCCUAUUGCAGGGACAGUUGGCAGGGGAGCCUGUUAGAAUAUUAGUGGAUACAGGUAGCAGUGAUAGCUACAUCCACCAUAAGCUGGUAUCUACACGAGGCCUUUCCUUUGAAUAUAUCAAGCCUUUCACUGUCACCAUGGGGGAUGGAAACUUGGUAACCAGUGGAGCUUACUGUCCAAAGGUUUCAUGGAAUGUGCAGAACAACAAAUUUUGCUUUGACCUCAGGAUAAUGGAAUUAGGCGAUUGGGACCUGAUUCUGGGGGUAGAUUGGAUGCACAACUACAGCUCCAUCACCUUUGACUUUCGCCAACUAAAAAUUUCCAUGUUUCAUCAAGGGGAGGUGGUCACAUUGCAUGGGGCAGUUACUGAUGCAACCAUGGAACUCAUUAGAAGGAAGGAUCUCAGAGGUUUCUUACAUGAGAAAAUGAGGUGCUGUGCUAUUGCAGCACAAGCUGGAAAGGAGGACACAACUACACAGGGAGUUCCUGGAUCAAUUACUGCUGUUUUGGAGGAAUUCUCAGGAGUAUUUCAGGAGCCUACUCAGCUGCCCCCUAACAGAUCUUUGGAUCAUCAAAUUCCCCUUAAGCCAGGAGCACAAGCUUUUAAAAUGAAACCUUACAGGUACCCUCACUCACAGAAGGCAGAGAUUGAAAGGCAGAUAGCAGAUAUGCUAAAAGCUGGAAUCAUCAAACCAAGCAAUAGUCCAUAUGCUUCACCUGUGCUGUUGGUUAAGAAGAAAGAUAAUACUUGA